GGACGACAUCGACGCCAUGUUCAGCGACCUGCUGGGCGAGAUGGACCUCCUGACGCAGGUUAUUUGUUCAUUUUUUUUUGGGAUGUUUUGAUGGUUAGCCGUCGAGCGGCCGAUGUAGAAAUAUGUCCCAAAUGUGCAGUCGCUAUCUCAGCAGCCUGAAACGUCGUUUGGCGGUCUGCCGUUAGCGAGGGGGCGUUAACUCCUUGAGAAGCAGCAGGCGUGGAGGAGGCUGCUGAAAUGUCAGCUCCAGAUAAGGAGCCCACUUGUUGCCGUGACGUUUUUUAAUGCCUCGUCCACCGCGUGGCCGCGCGGCCUGCCGCCCCUUUAUUGGCUUUGCGUCUGCUUUCGCAAUGUGUGUUGCAGAUGAUCUCACAUAUAUAUAUAUAUAUAUAUUAUAUAGCGUACCGCGUGUGUGUAACGUAAGCGUAUAUCGGGCAAACAGUUGUUGUUGUUGUUCUUCUUCUUCCCCGGCAGAGUUUGGGAGCGUCCGAAGCAGCAGCAGCGCCGCCGCCGCCCCCCCCCUCGUCCGGCCCCGACGCAGAGCAGCCAGUCAACCUUUGCGUCGGCUCGACGGACCUCAAUGAUUUACAGCCUUUCCGAGAGAAAUAAUCGCUACGCGUAAUGCCGCGAGUUGCCGUCUAAAGCGAUGCGUUGUCGGCAAAGCAGCGUCUCUAAACGAGCUGGAGGACAACGACUUGGACGCGCUGAUGGCCGACCUGGUGGCCGACCUCAACGCCACCGAAGAGAAGCUGGCGGCCGAGAUCCAGGGCCUCGAGGCGCCUUCUCCUCCCCCGCCGCCGCCGCCCGCCCCAGCCGCCGACGACGCCUCGCCCGCCUCGCCCGCCUUGCCGCCUCCGCCGCCGCAAUCCAGCAAACCUUCCAUGGAGGAGAUCGAGGCCCAGAUCAAAGCGGAGAAAAUCAAGCUGGCCCUGGAGAAGCUCAAAGAAGCCAAAGUGAAAAAGCUGGUGGUGAAGGUGCGCAUGAAGGACGGCAGCUCCAAAACUCUGAUGGUGGACGAGCGGCAGAAGGUCCGAGACGUGCUGGACAACCUCUUUGAGAAGACGCACUGCGACUGCAACGUGGACUGGAGCCUGUGCGAGACCAACGCCCAACUGCAGCUAGAGAGGACCUUUGAGGACCACGAAAACCUGGUGGAGCCUCUGCUGGCCUGGACCAGAGACAGCGAGAACCAGAUCCUCUUUCGGGAGAAUCCGGACAAGUACGAAGUCUUCAAAAACCCGCAGACGUUCUACCUGUGGAAGAAGAACCGCAAGGCCUUGGAUGGCAUCAAAGACAAAGACAAGGAAAUCUUGAUUCAGGAAAACUUCUGCGGCGCCUCCGUCAUGGCGCCCGACCUGGAGGGGGCGCUGCACCUCAAAGAGGACGGCAAGAAGUCGUGGAAGCCCCGCCUCUUCCAGCUCAGAGCCUCCGGGAUUUAUUACGUGCCCAAAGGCAAGACCAAGUCGUCUCGUGACCUGGUCUGCCUUGUGCACUUCGACAACGUCAACGUUUACUACGGAAAAGACUUCAGAGCCAAACACAAAGCGCCCACCGACUUUUGCUUCGUGCUCAAACAUCCUCAGAUCCAGAUGGACUCGCAGUACAUCAAGUACUUGUGCUGCGACGACGCGUGGACCAUGAACCUUUGGGUCACUGGAAUUCGCAUCGCUAAGUACGGCGCCACCUUGUACGAAAACUACAAAACGGCCGAGACGAAGGUGGCCGUCGGUUCCGCGUGGGCCCACCGCAGCGUCGCGACGGCCCAACACCAAUCGCAGAGCCAGGUGGCCAACGGACACGCCCCCAAAGCUCAAGCGCCCUCCCAGGACAACAACGUGCCACCUGCUGCACCUCUUCCACCCCCCCUACCAGGCGGCACCCUGCCCCCGCCGCCUCCCCCGCUCGGCGCCGCCCUCCCCCCGCCGCCUCCCCCGCUCGGCGCCGCCCUCCCCCCGCCGCCUCCCCCGCUCGGCGCCCCCCUCCCUCCUCCGCCUCCUCCGGCAGGACCCGACCGCUGCUUCCCUCGCCCUCCUCCCGCCCUCCCCAGCAAAUCUUCCCCCAAAGCCGUCCCCCAAGCGCGGCGCCCACCGAGCAACUUCCCGCCGCCUCCCGCCGCCACGGAUGACCUCCCGCCUCCCCCUCCUCCGCCGCCGAUCGUCGACGACUCCCCGCCCGACUUCCUGCCCCCGCCUCCUCCCGUGUCCGACGUGGGCUCGGCGCCGCUUCCUCCGCCGCCCGUGAAGACCCUCGGGCCUCCCCCGCCGCCCUCGAAGACUCUGCCGCUUCCCGCCCCGGGUUUCAGAACCUCGGACCUCCCGCCUCCGCCUCCCGAUCCCGUAAUUUUCCCGCCUCCGCCGGCGAGGGCUUCGGUGAGGCUUUCCGGGUCGGUGAAGAAGAUGCCGCCGCCUCCGCCUAAGAGGACUACAGCUCCUCUGCACGGCGGCGGCGGCGGCGACGGCGGAGGCGACUUGAUGUCAGAACUGAUGCGUGCCAUGCACAAGAAGCGCGACCCCCAGUGAUGCACUUGAUGACCCCCAUCAGUCCACUUGACACAUUUUUUUCCAUCAGCCAAUUGAAAGCCAACGUCGUAAAAUCGCAAAAUGUCUGCACGCAGAUGGUCCGAGUCACGUUUACAUAAAUGUAAGUAGCAAGAAUUUUGAAACUGAAAAAAAUGUAAAUAACAGAAUAUCUCAGUGACAAAUAAAAUGCUGAAAAUGA